AUCGGUUUGAUUAUUGUUAUCAAACUCAGUUUUUAUUGCCCGCGAUUCGAUUCAAAACAAUUCUCGUAAUUACAACCUAUGCAUCGCUUGCCUUUGUUACAGUUGUUGGCGAGUGUUCAACUGUGACAAAGCAAGCAGUUAUUUCCUUGUUACUUUUGUAAUGAUAACGUUUGACAUUGGUAAUAUAAUAUGAAGAUUUUAAUCCUUUUUUUGUGUGUUGCUUUUUCGCGGGCGAAAAUUGAAAAAGCGAGAGUAGGGCCAGGAUACGACUGUCCUUAUUGCCAGCCUGAACAGGUCCAUAUUUCCUUUGGAGAGAAGACGAACGAUAUAGUGGCGACAUGGUCGACAUUCAACGACACGGGCGAGAGCCGCGCGCAGUUUGGCGUGGGCCAAAUGGACCAGGAGGCGUCGGGGCGCAGCACGCUCUUUGUGGACGGCGGGCCAGAGCGCCGCGCGCAGUUCAUACAUCGCGUCCUCAUGAAAGAUCUCAAGCAUGACACCACAUAUGUGUACCACGUGGGCUCUGAGUACGGAUGGUCAGAGGAGUUCUGGUUCAAGACUCCGCCGGCCGGCGAGGACUGGGUGGUGCGCGCCGCCAUCUUUGGCGACAUGGGCAACAAAAACGCACACGCAUUGUCGUACUUGCAAGACGAGGCGCAGCGCGGGCACUUCGACCUGAUCAUCCACGUGGGUGACUUCGCGUACGACAUGCACGACGACAACGCGCGCGUCGGUGACCAGUUCAUGCGCCAGGUGCAGCCCCUGGCCGCCCUCGUUCCGUACAUGGCCUGCCCCGGCAACCACGAGGAGGCCUACAAUUUCAGCAACUACCGCGCGCGGUUCUCGAUGCCGGGCGGCGCGGAGAACCUGUACUACAGCUACGACGUGGGGCCCGUCCACUUCGUCUCCAUCUCUACGGAGCCAUACUACUUCUUGCAGUACGGCCUCAAGGUGUUAGAGAACCAGUUCCGCUGGCUGCACCGCGACCUCAGCGAGGCCAACAGGGAGGAGAACAGGCGGCUUCGUCCGUGGAUAGUAAUAUACGGGCACCGGCCCAUGUACUGCAGCAACGAGCACGUGCUCUGCGAGAACAACUACCUGCCCACGCGCGUCGGUCUCCCACUGCUGGGCAUGGGCAUGGAGCCGCUGCUGAAGCAGUACGGGGUGGACCUGGUGGUGUGGGCGCACGAGCACUCCUACGAGCGCCUGUGGCCGGUGUAUGACGAGCAGGUGUACAACGGUUCGCUGCACCAGCCCUACACCAACCCCGGCGCGCCGGUGCACAUAGUGACAGGGUCCGCGGGGUGUCAGGAACGCAUCGACCCCUUCGUCUCCAAGCCGCCGGCGUGGUCCGCCUUCAGGUCCACACACUACGGCUACACGCGCUUCUACGCUCACAACAACACCCACAUACAUAUUGAACAGGUGGACGUGGACCUGAAGGGCGAAGUGAUCGACUCCUUCUGGCUGAUCAAACAUCGCCAUCAUCCCUUCCACAACUUGUAGACUUACCUCCAGCAGGGAGGAGGGGGACUUAGGAAUAACUUAUAUAAGUCGCAGACAGUUUGCGGAAACGAGAAAGAUGGUCGACGUCUCAUAACUGUGGUCAAUUAUAUUUGCGAAGAAGUUUGUCAGAAUAUUGAUAAUAUGCACAGACAUAUUAUUAUGUCCAUAUUUGUAAAGCAAGUACAAAAUACGUCUUAAUAUACCAAAUAUUAAUUAAAAAUAUCGACAAAUUGCAGUAGAAUAUAUGCAAUGUUUUUUUAAUAAUUAACUAAACAUAUCCUUAGUAUUAGUUAAGGUGCAAUUAAUUAGAGAUCAGCAAAUGUAAAUGAAAGAGAUAAUAUUUG